UGUCCAGAGGUUCCCUGAACGCCUCACACACACACUACGGAGGAGUCUCUUGUCUUGUCUCUGCACGGCAACACGCAGCUAAGACAGGUGGUUUGUAGUUGGAAACAGCAAAAUAAGACUUUAAGGUCAGAGUUAUACGAACUCAAACUGUGUUAAACUGUUGAAGUUAGAGCUGGCGUGUCACCAGAGAGAGGAAAAGAAGAGCUGUGGAGAGAAAUCUUCAGGAAGAACUCCGGCGGUAUUUCCGCCAUUGUCCGGAUUAUCCUGGUGAGUUAGCCACACGAAGCUAGCUAUUAGCAUCGAGGGUUGUCUGCAACAGUUGAACUGUGUGUUAUUUCAUCUUAAGAGUGAUUGUGAAACUUAAAACCAGUCAGGAUAUAAGGUUGUGUGACACAAUGUGAACAUGGCCGAUGGUAAAAAGCUAUUUUAGCUGCUCAUUGUUGUUUGUUUAAUUGGGGCCUGGAAGAGCGCAGUGGGCGAUUGUGCACAUUUAGUGUGCUUAAAAGUUGAUGUGUGUGUAUUUUAAAAAAAAUGUUAAAAGGGUCAGAUAUGUGUUUAAAAGCUUAAGUGUUAUUUUAAAAAAUGUUAAAAAGCCAAAUAUGUGCAGAUAUUUACAUUCAAUUUAGUUCAUGAUUACGGUUGUAAGGGUUUACCUGGUGAAGAUGCAAAGUUUUUAUUUCAAGUGAUGGACAGUUAAAAGAGACAAUUUAUAGCAUGUGAUAAGCUAACUGCUCUGCACACUUGUGUGCAGGCUGGGUUUUUUUUUUGGAGGAACGAUCCUGUUGUGACAUCCGAGGAGCUGCUCAUCUGUGGUCAAGGUCAUCACCGCUGCUCGUAGACGUCUUCUUUGCGUCGGGACAUUUGCUGUUCUAGGAGGGUGGUAGGAAACUGAGGAGAACUUUUUUUUGGUGCUUUUCCUCCUGAGAUCUCAGGUUUUUGUUCUUGGGCCCAAGAUAAACUACAAACUGAGAAAACUGACGUCAUAACUGUGCGUUCACACCAAACGCGAAUUCGCGCGUCAAGAUUACAUACAAAGUCAAUGCAAAGACGCGAUUAGACGAGAAUUCGCGCCGGGCGCGCGAUGGACGCGCCUAGCGCGACGCGAUGGACGCGAUAGAGGCGUUCAGCGUGGCGCGAUAGACGCGAAAUUCGCGUCCAACGCCUCAUCGCUCGAGUUGAAAAUAUUGAACUUUUGGAGACGGGUAUGGCUGCAGCCUGGAGCCUCUCGUCUCAUGGCUCUCGUCUCAUGACCUCUCGUGUCAUGACAUGGGCGUGUCCAACAGCAAGUCUACAGGGUCAAAAAUGCAAACCGAGAGGAGAAGAAGAAGAAGAAGAAGAAGGAGGCAGCGGCAGCGGCGUUACAGGUCCACAUCAGCAUCUUUCCAAAAAAUAACCCACCGCAGGUGACAAGAUGCAUGGUGUGCUGUGCACUUUUUCACUGCCCUCUUUGCCCCACUGGCAUGUACAAGCCUCGGUCAAAGGCCAUGGUUUUGCAGCACUUGGAGGUGCAUAAAAAAAAUGCGCUCCAACAUGAAGAUUUUUACAUAACCAAAUGCAGUCAGGCCUGCAGGACUGGAAGCAGUGGCCACUUCCACUGCCCUUUCUGCAGUAGAACAACUGUCAGAAGGCAGGAUGCAGAGAGGCAUUUGCAAAUCUGCCGGCCACUGUCUGUACUGGUGAGGACGUGUGUGUGUGUGUGUGUGUGUGUGUGUGUGUGUGUGAGUGAUACUCUUCUCUAGCUGAAAUAUGUCUUGGACCCCAGAAGAAACCCAGAUGAAGCCAUUAUACGGACCCAGAUGACUGAAAUACAUCCAGUUACGUUGAAACGGGAUGACUUUUUGACCCUGGGCUUUGCACAGCCUUUGGAGUCCACAAUAGCAAAUUGCUGUUUUCAGAUCAUCACCCAAAUAGCCUGGUCACAGGGAAAGGAUGUAUAUGCAGUGGAUUGCUAUGUGGUUCCAACAUGGCUACCAUCACUUUGCCCAGAUACCUCAUCUUUUCCGAACGAUUUGGCAAACAGGGAUUUCAUUCUCAUACCUAUUUGGAAACCUGGACACUACAUGCUUUGUUAAACUUGCACAAACGAUUGUCCCAGAAGAAUGGACAGUGAUCCACAGCAAGGACAUCAAAGGUCUCCCAAGACAGCAAGAUGACAGUGCCUGUGGGAUCUUCAUGCUAAUGUAUGCUCUUUACAUUGUGCUGGGGGGAGAUUUUGACUUCACAAAUGAUGACAUGGCCACAAUCAGGACAUGGUGGUGCCUGUUGCUCCUGUCUGGUCAUUCAGUUGUCUGGUUAGCACAGAAAAGGACAGCUGAAGAUCCCACCAUAACGGUAGAUUUGCAGGAGGCAAAGAGGCCCAGGACAAUCCCUCUGGAAGAGUCGGAAACUGUCAACCUGUUACAUCAAAGGGGGAUACUGGAGAUGCCAAGAAUUUGUCUGGAGGAAAUACUUCUGGAGGUGGUCCUCCAUGAUUGUUAUGCAGCACUGCUUACCUUGGCCCUAGUGUGCUCCUGUUUUAGAGACAUUGUCUCUAAUAAGUGGUUCAGGGAGAGAGCACACUUUCUGUGGCUUGACAGUGUUGCUACUUGGAGCAAGUUCUCCAGCAUGUACAAGCAGGAGUUCUACACCAUGUACUCUGUACAAAACUGCAUUCAGUGCAACUGCACAUUUAAGAGCUGCAUGCCAGGUUAUGUUGGACGUGGAAAGUUGGGAGAGCUCCGGGGGAUUUAUUCAGACGAUCCCCACCCUGGAUUUUGCAGCCAGUUCUGCCAGCUGCAGUCUGGAUGUUUUGAAUGAAGAAAUAAAAAAAGCUGCAUUCUUUAAAAGACUUGUUUUAUUUAUAUAUUUUAUAUAUGUAUUAUAUAUUCCUUUCACACAUCAUAGGGAAAUUAUUAUGACAAGUGCUUAUCCUGUAGUGUGAAUGUGCGUGCAUGUAUGUGUGCAUACGUGUGUCAACUAACACGUGAACAGGACAAGCAGCAGUGCCAGGCAGAUAUCUACAGAGCCUGCAAGCUGAGACACACAAUAACACUGAGGCAAGGCGAGGCAAGUUUAUUUGUAUAGCAUAUUUCAGACAAAAUGCAACUCAAAGUGCUUUACAUAAAAAUAAAAUGAUUUUAUGAAAGGACAACAUGUAAAAGCAACACAAAGCAACAGUACAUCGAAGAGGAUUCAAUACUAUGUAUAAAACAACUUUUCAACCAGGAUUCCUAAAAUACAAUAGGAGAGGUCAUGAGACGAGAGGUUCCAGGCUGCAGUCAUGUUUAACACAGGAGAGGUCGUGAGACGAGAGGUUCCAGGCUGCAGUCAUAUGUUUAACACAGGAGAGGUCGUGAGACGAGAGGCUCCAGGCUGCAGUCAGUCAUGUUUAACACAGGAGAAGUCAUGAGAGGAGAGGCUCCAGGCUGCAGUCAUAUGUAUAACACAGGAGAGGUCAUGAGACGAGAGGUUCCAGGCUGCAGUCAUAUGUUUAACACAGGAGAAGUCAUGAGAAGAGAGGCUCCAGGCUGCAGUCAGUCAUGUUUAACACAGGAGAGGUCAUGAGAGGAGAGGCUCCAGGCUGCAGUCAUAUGUAUAACACAGGAGAAGUCAUGAGAGGAGAGGCUCCAGGCUGCAGUCAUAUGUAUAACACAACUUUUCUACCAGGAAAAUCUACCAGGAUUCCUAAAAUACAUUACAAAAUACAAUAUUACGUUUAAAACAACUAUAUUGUCAGUAGCGAGCUUUACAAAAUACAAUAACUAUAGUGUCAGGCGCGAGCUUUUAUUCUGAAAUUUAGAAGCAGGAAAAUCUACCAGGACUCCUAAAAUACAUUACAAAAUACAAUAUUAUGUUUAAAACAACUAUAUUGUCAGUCGCGAGCUUUACAAAAUACAAUAACUAUAGUGUCAGGCGCGAACUUUUAUUCUGAAAUUUAGAAGCUCGGGGUGCGUGGCUACUUUAUCACCAGAGGAGAGAUCAUGAGACGAGAGCCAUGAGACGAGAGGCUCCAGGCUGCAGCCAUAUAGUCUUGAACUUUUGAGGCGAAUUCGCGUGACGCUGUGCCGCGAAAGCCAAUCAGCGUUGAGAUUCUCCCGAUGUCACUGGCGUGUGUCAACAACAAUAAACUGCUACUCACAGGAGACAGAUGGACAGACGCUCCGCAGCUGAAAUGGAGCAGCUGUGGUUGGUGUCCUGCUGGGAGAUCCUGGCGCCAACCCUCGCCAACAGGUCCUCAAACUGGGCCCCAGUCAGCCUGAAGUACUGCUGAAAGCGGCUAUCAUCCAGACAGAGUUCCUGGAGGAGGUGGUGAAACUCGCCGAGCUGGAUGCGCUUCUGCAGGAUAGGGUGAACCCAAAAACGACGGCGUUUGGCCCUCCGACGCAUCUGGGACUUCCAGAGCAGGUACAAAGCAGCGAUGGUGGUUAUCUUGCCAUAGUCGUCAGUGACGUCUUGACGCCCCGACGUCCAGUUGUUGAUGCCGAGAUGAAGGAGAAACUUAUCAUUGCGGUGUGCGGCUACCCGGAGCUAUAUGAUACUACGUGUCUACUCUGCAGAGACCACAACAAAAAGGAGCAGGCUUGGGUGAAAGUUGCCCAGGAGACUGGUCUACUUGGUAAGUUCUGUAAAUAUGUGUCUUUAAUUAGUUUGCAGAAUGGUUGUACUAUGAACGUUAGUACUAGCUUAGCUCCGGUUAGCACAGCCGAGACAAAAAAACAAAAAAGCGUCUUGUGGCAAAAUCUGCAACAUCUGCCAGCCAAAAACAUCCAAAGACAAAGAGUCACAUCAAAGGUGCAGUAGUACACCUGCCAUUACAAAAAAGACAGGGAUGCUGUCCAUAUUGGGGAGAAGGGUUGAUAGAGCAGCAAACAGUGUUGAUGACAAAUACAUGUACAGUGGACAACCUCCUGUAUAUGCUUCAUAUGGCUAUUAAGAGGAGACCUGGGAUUAAAACUGACCUUAAUGCAAGUUCCAAUAAUUGGAUUUCCACCCUACUACAAGUCCACGAACUUUUUGAAAAGAAGGAGUGGUCCCGGGGGAAAUUAUUGUGGCUAAACACCAUUGGGCGAUUUAAAGGGACUUCAUGAGAUGCUUAUGGGACAGAGGAAGACAUGUUUGCAUGUCGUCUUGAGUAUCUCAUGACAACAGAAAUCAUGCAAAAGUGCAAGAAUGCAGCUUGUUCUGUUGUGAGAAGGCGAGUCAACAGUAUUGAUAUCUUGUAAGGAUUAUUUAAUUCUGUCAAAUGAAAAUCAGUGCAUGUUUUUUUGUUAAUCAAAUGACUUUACUUGCGAGAAAUAGUAUAAUUUAUUCUAAAACUACAAAUAUUGGUUCAUUUAAGUUAACAAAGAUAGAGACUGGUCAUAUUUAUGUUAAUCUACAUAUCUUACAUGUGAUUUAUUUAUUUAUUUUAAGGUGUGAAGACUUCAGUACUUUACAGGAAGAUGUUGACAGGUGGAUGAAUGCGUCCCUUACAGCUCCAUGCAAAAGAGGUCCUGCCCCAUGCACUGACAGUGAGCAGACACUGCAGUGUGUCUUUGUGAAUGGACAGCCAUGUGUGUUACUGGUCUCAGUGAUACACAAAGCCAAUCUCAGUCACAAGCUACAUCCUACAGCCUUGCCACACCUGGUGACAGUUCUUGGUGGGAACACCCACAAAGGUACGAGCCAGCUGCAGUGACGUACCACUUGGGCACAAAUAAUCACUUGGCAUUCCACAAACUGGGCGCUGACAAAGGCUGGCAUUUUUAUGAUGGCCUUGAGGAACUGCUCAACCCUGGCAAGGGGGAUGUUUUUAUCACUGACACAUUAAUGAAAAAGAAACUUAAGGCUAAGUGUAAAGUUAGCCAUUGUGGACCACAAUGGAGCUGAUGGAAAGCUGAGGGUAAGUCUAACAUGUCAUUACUUUCCCAUAUAUUGUUCCCAUGGAACAAUUUUACUAAAAACAACUAUGAAAUUACCGAGCAACAUCUAACCUGAUCCAUUUAUAAUGUAUCACCCUGUUAUAAAAUGUGAUAAUGAAAACACCCAUUAACCAAUUACUAAUUUUAUGGAGAAAGUGCAAGUUCAGUGAGGAAACAGCUGUACACCAUCCUCCUUACAUGGACUGCACUAGACCUCAACAAAAUUGUGGAAUUGUGGGGCUUUGCAAAUAUGUUUGGCAUAGCGCUGUAUCAGAUAACGCGUAUUGUCAUUAUUACCGUAAACACUUUGUAUCAGCACAUUUUGAUACCAUAGUAGUUAAGUCAAUUAGUUUUACAGUAAAGCAAGUUUCAUUGCAGAGAUUUAAAGGCACAUAUGUCCACUGUGGAAAGAAAGCCACUCUUUGGGGUAUUCUUCCCUCUUGCUGUCAAUGGAACUGAUGAAAUAGGCUGAGACAUGGCUAUGGCUAACACCACCACUGUGUGUGAGCAGAUAAGAAUGGACAUUUUUAAAUAUUCAUGUUUAAUUACUUUCAUAAUGAAUUCAAAAUUAAUAGUUUUCAGGCCAUUCUGUCCAGUGAGGAGGAGUCCCACUUUUCUUUUAAAGAUAGGUGGGUCCCAAUCAUCUUCGAUGAUGAUGUGCAGCUGGACAAGAUUGUGAAGUACCUGUCAGACUUCCUUGACAGCUGUGACACAUUCUCUAUAGAAGUCUGCACCAUGGUGUCUUUUGACAGGAUCAAAUACAUACUUAAUGUGAUGCUGUCAGAGGUAGGUCAACAGCUGUUUGACUUAAAUUUAUGAAGUUAUAUACAUGAAUGACAGUAUUCCUAUUACUUGUGCAUAGUACAAUUAAGAGAAGCGUUGGUAAUAAAGAUUUGACCUCAGAAGAUGUGUACUUUUCUGUUCUAUGAAGAUCAAAUAUUUCUAAUGUCAAUCUUUAACCUUCUGCUUAACCGUAUAGUGCAGUACAUUUUCAGAUAAGUUACGCGAAGAGAGUUAUUAAAAGAUGAAUGAGAAACUCAGGAAAAUGGAGCAUUUAGGGACAUAGGUUUAAUUGUUAGCAGUUAUUGUACAAGACACCAACAAACUGAAAAACUAAAGGGUCGAGCAAAAGAGCUUUAAAAAAAAAAAAAAGUAGCUAAGACUCAUUGCAGGAAGGCAGUUCAUGCAAAAUAGAGUGGCUACAGCCUUAUGCCUUACAAAAAUAAAUGUAUUGUGGUAUGCAAUGGAUGUACUUAUAGCACACCUGAAUAAUUAAUAGUAAACCAAUGUAACACCCGAAUUAGCUUCGUUUUUGUAAUGUCUGUAGGAGAUACAAUAUACAGUACUAUGUGACAAGUGAUAAGCAGGUCUAAUAUGUAAACUCUGGAUAAUUGGGUAGGGUCAGAAUCAUGUCUGCAGGUAGAUGGGAGGUCAGGUGAUGAGGAAAGGGAGGAACACAAAGAGGACAACUGGUGGCCGGGAGAACAAGAACAGGGUCUGAAAUGAUGGCAGAUGUUAGUAAAGCCAACAAACUAUUUUAAUCAAUCAGGUAUUCAUAAUUGUGAUAAUUACUGUAAUUGUAUUGUUCAAAUGAGAAAUAAUAACACUAAUAGCUAAAGGCAACAAUAAAGGCUUUGGAAGAGGUUUGCAAACUGACGGUGACGGAAGCUGUGACAAAAGUGGACCAUGGCCAGAUGAAGGAAAGGUAAGUGCAAAUCAUGACUUUUAUAGGAUAUUUCCCAAUUGACCAGUCGAUGAAGAUGUGUUUAAUGUUUCUCAAGAGAUAACUUUUUUACUGUUUUGCAGUGAGAAAGAGAUCUUCAUGUCCAUCAGAAAUGAGAUGGAGAGACAUGGUUUAAUCUGAAAAAAAAAGAUAUUUAAAAAAUGGAAAUGUCCCGUUUUUGUCAUUCUCACAAAUACAAUAAAGGUUUCACAGAUCAGAAACUGUGUCUGAAUGAAUGUUUAGCCUCUGUAGGAUAAUCCAGUCCAGAUUUGAGAGGUCUACACAUAGUGGUUUUUGAUCUGGACCCAGUCUAAUGUGGUCUAUAUGCUGAAAAAAAAACCAGUCAAAUGUGCCUUUAUUGAGAUUUGAGAUUUAUUUUGAGAUUUAUUUAUUCAGGAUAGCCCCUUGAGAUGAAUCAUCUCAUUUUUGAGAGGGUCCUUCUGCAAAAUGAUAAAAAUAAUACAAAGUCAAAAAAUGAAAAGACAUACAGUGUAGCACUUUACAGGACUUGUAACAUACACACGCACGCUUCCACAGACACAAACACAGACAAGGCUCUCCUAACCCCAGCUACUCCAUAAACAGCCAAAUCUCAACUUAGUGAUCACCUUAGUAAUAUCCAUGCUUACAACUAGGAAAAAGAAAGUCAAAAAUAUCGAUUAAUACAAUUAAUAUAGAAAAUAGAACAAUUAUAUGAACAAAAAAGUAAAUAAGAAAUAAAAUAAAGGAAUAAAAAAUCAGAAACAGGAACAGGGAGUUUGCAAAUGAAUUACAAGUGAUGCUUUGAAACUAUGAAAAGAAGUAGUAGACCUAAGCUGGCAUGGGAGAUUGUUCCAAUCAGACGGAGCUUUGAAUUGAAAUGAGCGACAACCAGAUUCUUUAGAUAUUCUAGGAGUGCGGACAACACAAGUAUACAAGUUCACACACACACGUACACACACAAAAGCAGAACAAAGUCAUGACAACAAGACAGAGCUCAGUCUGCAGAUUUUGUGAUGGGACAGAAUGAAUGCAUAAGAAAAAGAGCUGCCACAAAAUCAUUUAAUUUCCAUUAUAAUAAACUGACCUUACAGAUAAUAGGAGAAGUAGGAAAGAGAAAAGAAACAAAGAAAGAAAAAGUAGAAGAAAUUGGAAUUUAAGUCCCAGCUAAUAGGGAUCCAGCUAAGCAGACAAUUAAACAGAGGAAUAGGGAAAAAGAAAGUGGGGAUAGAGAGCGAGAGAAAAGGAGUUUGAACUAGUGUAGGGAAAGCAAAAGUAGAGAUUAAUAAAACAUCUCCCUGGUGAGGCAUCAUCUUAAAUAAGCCUUAGUCCCGCUCUCAAUUCAAUUUCAAUCAAUCAAUUUUAUUUAUACAGCCCAAUAUCACAAAUCACAAUUUGCCUCACAGGGCUUUACAGCAUACGGCAUCCCUCUGUCCUUAUGACCCUCGCAGCGGAUAAGGAAAAACUCCCCAAAAAAAACCCUUUAACGGGGAAAAAACCCCUUUAACUCUGCACAAAAAAGAUUGUAAAAAUUAAAUGAAAUAAAAAUAAAUAAAUGAAUAAAUAAAAAAAUGAGACAAUAAGUCCCAAUUAAUUUGAGACUUUAGGAAAAGGCAACCAAAAAGACAGUACUUGAACAGAAAGUGCCCCUCAAUGAGAGUAGAGUCUUUACGACAGAUUGCAGCUAGUCACGGAUUCCGCUUUACGACAGUUCCACAGUGGUUAAAGGGCCAGUGUGUAAAAUGGGUUGAAAACAGUGACAUCAGUGGUCAAAUUCUAGAUUGCAGGGCUCACUCGCUCACCCCUCCUGUCGGGUAAAUGAUGGCGGCCUCGUAGGGACAAAAAGCCUUGCGCACGACUUUUUCAGGAGUAGGUCUAUCUAGCACCGAGGUGAAUGUUUAUUUAGAUAUCUAAACCAUGUUACGAUAUUGUAAUGAAUCCCUCACGAGCAGGAGACCAGAGGAGCGUUCGGGAAAAAGGCCCGUUUAAUUGAGCACUCCAGAAACUCUGGUAACACUCCACUCUGUUCCAAACUCUGACUCUUUCUCAUAACUUUACACAUAUACUCGUUUACCAUACUUGGUGGGGACCCCACCGCCCCUCUCAGCUCCGCCAAUCUCCAGCCCGCACACUGACUGACAGCGUAGCCGGUAAACAGUGCUCAGCUGUUUAUUUAACCUAGCAAUAUCUCCGGACUAUAGUAGCUGCAAUGGACGACUUUGAACGUGAUUUUGAAGAGUUUCUUGUAGUGGACACAGACCCAGAGCCAUACCUGUUUGAGCCGGAGCAUACAGAUGAGGAACUCCAUGUGUUUGAUGCUGAGCGGGUGAGAAGAGAGGCUGAAUGCACAUAAUGGAAUUUGGUGCUACUGCUGCCAUUGUUGGGGAGAUAUAUCAUCAGGAGGAAAAGCGCCACAGAGAGUGCAUCACAAGGAGUGAAGUUGCGUCUUCUUUUCCUCGCAGAAGACGGUUGGGGUUCAUUCUCUCCUAUUGCGUGGUAAGUGUGGUCCAUUCGCAAACUUUAUAACUAAAAAAACCUUUUCACUACUCUCUAUCG